UCUUGUUGAAAUUCUUUCAAAUCUGAUUUAGCCAUAACCCAAAUGCCUCUCCCAUCUCUCUCGUUUAUGGCUUCUUGCUGACCCCACCACUAUAUAUGGCGAACACAUUUUGCUUUCUGGAUCUAAUCCCUACCCUACUGCCCAUUUUUAGUUCUUCUUUACCAGCCUCUAAAAUCUUUCUUCCUAAUUCCCUUUCUUCCUUUAUUUUGCGUCUCUUUUUUUGCUUCUGGGUCUUCUCUGUUCUUUGAUUCUUUGCUCAGAUGGACAAAUACGAGGUCGUUAAGGAUUUGGGUGCUGGCAAUUUCGGCGUUGCUCGACUCCUCAGGCAUAAGGAAACAAAAGAGCUUGUCGCCAUGAAGUACAUAGAACGUGGUCACAAGAUAGAUGAGAAUGUGGCAAGAGAGAUUAUAAACCAUCGAUCACUUCGGCAUCCAAAUAUAAUUCGUUUCAAGGAGGUUGUUUUGACCCCAACGCAUUUGGCUAUUGUGAUGGAAUAUGCUGCUGGGGGAGAGCUGUUUGAAAGAAUUUGUAAUGCUGGCCGUUUCAGUGAAGAUGAGGCUAGAUAUUUCUUCCAGCAGCUAAUUUCUGGUGUCAACUAUUGCCAUUCAAUGCAAAUAUGUCAUAGAGACCUAAAGCUAGAAAAUACACUUUUAGAUGGAAGCACAGCACCUCGCCUGAAGAUAUGUGACUUUGGUUACUCUAAGUCAUCCCUGCUGCAUUCGAGACCAAAAUCAACUGUUGGUACUCCAGCAUAUAUAGCACCAGAAGUUCUUUCUCGAAGAGAGUAUGAUGGCAAGAUGGCAGAUGUAUGGUCAUGUGGAGUAACUCUUUAUGUCAUGUUGGUUGGUGCAUAUCCUUUUGAGGAUCAGGAGGAUCCUAAAAAUUUUAGGAAAACAAUUCAGCGUAUUAUGGCCGUUCAGUACAAAAUUCCAGACUAUGUUCACAUAUCUCAAGAUUGUCGACACCUUUUAUCUCGCAUUUUUGUCCCUAAUCCAUCAAGGAGAAUUACUUUAAUGGAGAUAAAAAAUCACCCAUGGUUCUUGAAGAACUUGCCAAGAGAACUUACUGAAUCGGCUCAAGCAGCUUAUUACAAGAGAGACAACCUGAGCUUCUCUCUCCAAAGCGUGGAUGAAAUUAUGAAAAUUGUGGGGGAGGCUAGAAACCCACCACCAUCGUCAAGACCUCUCAAAGGUUUUGGAUGGGCAACAGAAGAUGACGAAGAAAGCAAUGAGGACGUCGACGGAGUGGUGGAAAAAGAGGAAGAAGAAGAAGACGAGUAUGAUAAGAGGGUGAAAGAAGUUCAUGCAAGUGGAGAGUACUUGGUCAAUUAGAAGUGCAGUGCUCCAAUUACUAUUCACUCAGGUUUGCGUGCUUAUAUUAUUGCGUAUGUUCUCGUCGUCGGCUUUGCGUGUACAGCCUGUUAAUAUUUAUAAUAGCACAUUGCAGUCGUAUUUUUGCAGACUCAAAGAUCAGUCUUUCAUAUAUAGUUUGUUGGUUUUCAGGGUCUGCUGUGGUUGUGUAAGUCAUUGAUUUUGCAUUUUUGUUUGUCACUCAAAUGUAUGAUUGAAAAAGCUAUGUUAUUGGCAUGUAAUUCAUAGUAGGUGGAAGGAUUUUUGGUGUAAACCUUGUGUUUACUACUCAAUGAUGAUAAUGAAAGAAUAGUUACAAUGGAAUGUGCCACAA